AUGGUAGAACAAUAUCUUCGCUUCCUAAAAAAGAAGUAUAAUGUAUCUGACAAGAAAGCCACUCUUCUAGGCAUCAUCAAAGAACAAGAUGUGGAUCUUAAUUCAUUAACAGAGCAAGGAUCACUUUUACUCAAUCUAGUGAUCAUGGAGGAAGAUAUUGAUUUGUUGAAAUUGCUACUUAAAAUGCCUGAUGAUUACAAGUCAAAGAGUGCUAAUCCAAAUCUUAUUGAUUCCAAACUGGGUUGGAGUCCACUCGUUACUGCUAUAAAUUAAGGUCCCAGCGGCAAUCAAGACUCGAUCUUCGAAUUGCUCAGAGCUCAUGCUGAUCCUAACCUCGUAGUAUAGUAAAAUACCCUCAUAAUGUGGGCAGCCAGAUGCAACUAGUAUGAGACAAUUAAGAUUUUGCAAAAAUAUGGGGGAGAUCUCAACCUAACUACUGAAAAGGGAUCUGCGAUGCAUCAAGCAUGUGCUCUGGAUAACCUUGAGACUGUUGAAUACCUUCUUGAGCAGUAGGUAAAUCUUGGCAAAUAAGAUGAGAACGGUGAUAGUGCUUUGCACAUUUGCGCAAUUAAUGGUUCAAACAACUCACUAAUGACUAUAAUCAAGCAUUACAAUAGAAUGAUAGAAGAGGAAGAUGAUUAGGAGGUUGUUUAUACUUACACUGAACUAUAUAGAAGAAUUCUUAAUUUGUAAAAUAAUCAAGGAAAUACUUUGCUGCAUGAGUGUGCAUCGAAUGAAAGGCAGACAUUAAUAGAGAAGAUAAGAAGAAUUGGAUUAGCAGAUGAGUCAAUCAGGAAUAAAGAGGGUAAGACUGCUAGAGAAAUUGAAAAUUAGAUUAAGGAAGAGCUAUUCAAAGAGUAGAUAUCGAAGUAGAAGUAGAUUACUGAAUCAAGGGAGAGGAAAAAGUAGAUAUAGCUUGAAAAGUAGCAGAGAGACGCCUUGCUACAAAAAGAAGAGGAAGAGGAAAUGGAGAAGGAGAGGAAAUAGUAGAAAGAGCAAAUGAUGAGAGACCCAGUAAAGGAUAACCAAAGAUUCAGAAUGUUUGCAGCGAUCUUCUUCAUUCUGAUUUUAGCGCUGAUGUACUAUAUUCUAGACAUGGUUGCUAAAAAUAAUGAAAAGAAGGUUUUCGAAGUGUACAAUACUUCUAGGCCCUCAUAAAAUCAAUCUAUCAGAAGUCCAAUGCUCAUGGGAUAAUUUAGUUUCGGUUCAGGAGGGCAAAACCAAUUAAGCAACAAAAAUUCAACCAAACUAAAGAUCAAGAAUCAAAGAACCUUUCAUCAUUAAUUGAGAAUCAGACCAGAUGAUGAUGCAUCAAGUUAGAAAUCCACUUUGACAUUUUAUCAAUCAUCUUUCCCAAACGAAAGUGCCUAGGUUAUUGCUAAGCAAAAGUCUAAUCAGGGUGGCUACCUUCAAUAAAGUAGUAGAAAUAGUAGAUCAAAUAAAAAGGAAAUAAUUGAUGAAGUAAAAUAGCUCAUCGCUAGUAAAAAAAUACUUUAAGUUCUAAAAGCCAAUAGCUUCAUAAAAAAUAUACUCCGCAAAAGACUAAGAUAACUUGCAAUUGAAUCUUAGAAGAAAAUUGCAAAUUUUAUCAGAGGCAAGUAUUAUAGGCGAUUGUAUAAGUAGGGUAUAUUCAUUGCAACACUAUACUUGGAAACCGCGGAACGUUUUGAUAGACAGUAGCCAGUUUAUGUUUUUGGCUCCUUUACUAAAAAUCCAUGGAGUGAUAAGAUUUAAUGCUUUUAUGAUAAGUUCUUCAAGUGCUUUAAAGCAGAUCGAAUCAGAAUCAUGAUUGGCCAUUAAUUCAAGUUUAUAGUGGAAAACGGCAGUAAAUACUUGACAUCAAUUAGAUACCCUAUGUUAUAAGAUAUGAGUGGAAAUUAUAACAAUUUUUACGAUCCCACAAGACAGAAAAAACAAAAAAAGUUUGACAAUUUGCAUGAUGUUUUAGAAAAUGAAAGAGAGCUUAAACAAAUUAAGCAAUAAAAUCAUCAAAUAAUUUAGCAAUAAAGCCAGCCGAUAGUUCAAAAGUCUGAUCCUUUCAUCAAUAAGCCUUAUUAAGAUUUCAUUGGUGCAUUUGAAAGAUAUUAUACAUCUUAUCAAGUGGACCUCGACAAAAUGUAUCAGGAAUAUAUGACUUAAUACUAGGAAUAGGGAGGACCAAAUGAUUAUUUGAAGUUUGCAAAUUAAAAUGCUCUUGAUGAACUCUAGUCUCUUACUUAGCAUGCCAAUCUAUUUGAUAUGGACCUAUAAGAGAACUUCAACGAGCUAACACCUCUGAAACUUAAAGAGAAGUAGUCAUUUGUAGCUUACCCUGACAAAAAGUAGCAGGAAAGUUUGCUAAGCUAUGAUAAUAGAUAUAGUCUAAAGCCAAUCAGCGAGGUGGAUGAGAGAAAUAGAUAAAGCCAAUAUGAUUUGAAUGAAGGAUUUUAUACAGAAAUAACUGGAGAUCUGUCAGCAACAAUGAAGGAAUCAAGCAACUAAAUAGAUGAUUUUCACAGCACAGAACUUACAAUAAUUACUGGAGCAUUCAAAAUAGGUAAGAUACCUGAGCAGUGCGAAGAUGCAUAUUUUGUCACUGAUCGAGGCUUUGGUGUUGCAGAUGGCGUAAGUGGCUGGAAUGAUUACGGCUUCAGUAGUAGUUUGUUUUCCAACUAACUUAUGGAUAAUUGCAAAAUUCAGAUUGAGCAAUACCUAGAACAAAAUAAAGAAUCAGAGCAAAGUAAAUAAAUAAUGAAAAAGAUGAGGAAGAGUGGAAGCUAUUUGAGCAUGGAGAAUCUUGAUGCUGGAGAGUCUUCAGUUUCUGAUGAGGAGAUUCGCGAUGAUGAUUCACCCUAAUAGAAGUCGAUAAAAAACAAUAUUGCAAAUGGCUUGAAAUUUGAUAAGGAGGGUAUAAUAUUACAUCCUAUAUUUAUCCUAGGACAAGCUUUUUCUAAAGUAACAGCUGUUGGUAGUUCAACGGCAAUGGUAGCUAUUAGAAAUUAAAAAGAACUGAACAUAGCUAACUUAGGAGAUAGCGGUUUUGUUCUUAUUAGAUUUAGAAAUGGAGAGGCAUACACUGCAGCUCGUUCAAAAGAAUAGUAGCAUUCUUUUAACAUUCCAUAUCAAAUAUCAAUUCUUCCUGGACCAAAUGAACUAGAAUUACUGAGACAAAGAGGCAGAAUAGAAGAACUCAAGAAGUUAAAGGCAAUUUUGAGGAGAAGAGAUAAUACUAUGUGCUAAGACAAACCAGAUGAUGCAGAGGAAUAUUCCUUUGAAUUAUAAGAAGGAGACAUAAUCGUGAGUGCGACAGAUGGUAUUUUCGAUAACCUAUUCUCUCAUGAAAUCCUUCAAAUAGUGCGUAACUUUAAAAUGAAGCAUAAAAAGCUUUAUAAAAUAGAGCAGGCUGAGAAAUUGGCUGAAAUUUUAGUAUAUGAAGCAUUAGAUAAAGUCAAGGACAAGAAAAAGAAAACUCCUUAUCAGAGAAAGUACAAAAAGACUUAUAAUGCCACUUGGGAGGUGAGUUUAUCAUAAGAAUUUAAUCUGUUUUAGGGUGGUAAAGAGGACGAUAUGACAGCGCUAGUUACUUUUGCGAUAGGGAAAAUUUUUUAAGCCUGA